GUUACUUUUGUAUCUUGAAAAAAAUUGGUAUAUAGUUAUUGUUUUUUUAAGUCAUCUUGAUAUCGUUUAGUAUAAUGUUUUGAGUUUUUAUUAAAAAUGCCUAAAAGGAAAGAACCUCUUACUGAAGAUGAAUCUGUUGAUGUCCUUGGAUUACCCCACAAAAAACAUAAGAAGCACAAGCAUAAGAAACAUAAGAAGAAACGAGGCAUUGAUGAUGCUGAUGAUGGAUCAGGUGGCAAUAGUCCUGGAACUCCGGGCGAAAAAUUUAAGCCAGGUUUGAAGCUUAAAAUAAAAAUUGGAGGCCAAACAUUUGGGGAAGCUAGGUUGAGCAAAUCGGAGAUUAAUGAAGCUUCUAGUGACGAGUCUGCUAACAUAGAUGUAGUAGGUGCAUCACCUGCUGCUCCAUUACUUGAUUCUUCAGCAAAUGCUAGUAAUUCCUCCAAAAAGGGAAAGAAAAUGGAUGAAGAAGAAGCUUGGCUAGCAGCUCUGGAAGCAGGACGUUUAGAGGAGGUAGAUGAUGAAUUAAGACGUAUGAAAGAUCCGAAUUUAAUGACAGCCCGUCAGCGUUCAUUAUUGGAAAGUAAGGCUCAAAAGGAGAAGGAAGAAUUGACACCUGUGGUUGCUGAAACAGUAGUUCUGAGCGAAGAGAUGAUUCAGAAAAAGAUUAUAAAGGCCAAAAAGCGAAAGGAACAAGCAGAAGAGAAGUUACAGAAGGAUAAGAAACAAACAUUGGAAAGACUUUUGAAGAAAUCUGAUGCAAAACCAAGAACAGUAAAAAAAGUGGUUAAAAAGGCUGAUGUUCCUAGGAUGAGAUAUAUUAACAGCGAAAUAAAAGGUUGUUCUCUGUCAAUACCACAAGGUUUCAACUUUCCUCUAAAACCUCAAGUGGCCAAACAGUCUCCUGCACCAAUUUUGUGUGGUAUACAGGGAUGUGGAAACAGAAAAAAGUACUCAUGUUCCAAAACUGGAGUUCCACUUUGUAGCUUAAGUUGCUACAAGAAAAAUCUACUUUACACUACCACCAACCAACCAAUAACUGUUACAUAAUUUGUUUGAUCAAAUUUAAAAAUAUAUUAUCUGUUGAUAUUGUAUUAAAUUGAUUAUGCCAUUGUCAUGUUCAUAUGUAAAUUUUUUAUAUAGAUGAAUUGGAUAUCUGUAGCAUCAGAUAUGUGCAACUGUACAGUUUUAUUUCAUCUUUGCACUAGUUAAUUUGUAAAAUUCAAUGCUUUUGUAUAGCUAUUUCAUUUGUAAAAACAAUAUUUUUUAUAUAUAUUAAAGUGAAAACUUUGCUUUUUUCACUCUU